UAAUAUUAAUUUAUACAUACAGACGUACAGUUAGUCCAAAAACAUGGCUCCAAAAUUAUCAGGUUCAGCUUUCAAAAAAUUAAGAGAAAAAAAAAAUAAAAUCAGGAAUCACUUGCAAAAACAUUAAAUUCCUGGCUAUCUACAUCUAAAAUUAAUCAACCAUUAAACUCGGAUAAUCAUUUCUUUAUCUAUCUCGUCUAAACCAGUUGAGCUAGAAACAAAUCAAGUAGAAAAAAAAUUAGACUCGGAAAUAGAAGUUCAAAACAAAAUGUCUCCAAUUAAAAUUCUAAAUUCCCCAAUUAUAAACCAACCGAUGAUAAUAAUGACAUUUAAUCAAUAUCUAAACCAAUAUUAGAAUCUGAAUCUACUCCUCUUAAUUCGCUUCUAGAAUCUUCAUAUGAAAUUAAACUGUCGGAAAAUUUUAAUUUCGAAGAUCCAGUUACUUGGCCAUUAAUUAGUGAUAAAUUCCGUAUAUUCAUAGUAAAACACGGUCCUAAGUUGGCAAAUUACAAUAACUACAAUUUUCCAAUUGAUGAUACUGGUAGACAUGUUCACGAAAAAUUGCUUUUCAGGACUGUACCAAAUGAAGAAAAAGUAAGAUGCCCUUGGUUACUUUAUAGUAAACAAAAAAAUGUAUUGUUUUGUUUUUCGUGUGUUCUGUUUUCUACCGAAGAAAAUCAAUAUUUUUCGAGCAUUUCUUUGGGGUUCAACAAUUGGAAAAAAUUAAACCMGAAAAUUUCAGAUCACGAGAAAAGUACUUCGCAUAGAGAAUGUGUAUUUAAAUGGAAGGAAUUUGAAAAAAGACUUCGUGGUAGUAAGACUAUUGAUUGCACUAUACAGAACGCAAUAAAAUGUGAAAAAAAAAGUGGAAAGAUAUUUUAAAAAUUUUAUUUGACGUUAUUUUAUUUUGUGCAAAAAAUAAUCUUGCUCUUAGAGGUACUGGUGAACGAAUUGGGAAACCUAAUUGUGGUAUAUUUUUGAGCACACUUGAAUUGUUAAGUCAUUAUAAUCCAAUUUUAGCAAAGAAUAUUGAAAAGGUUAACGCUAAGAAUAAUGUUCUUUAAUAAGAAUAAUGCUAUUUUUCUCCACAAAUCCAAAACGAAAUAAUUUCAAUUCUUGGAAAAUCAACUCGUUAAAUCGUAUAAAAGAAUCAAAAUAUUAUUCAAUUAUGUUUGAUUGUACACCCGAUGUGUCUCACAAAGAGCAAAUGUCUCAGGUUUUAAGAUAUGUAUAUAUUUCUAACGGCACUGUUUCAAUUGAAGAAACGUUUAUAGACUUUAUCGAAAGUCACGAAAAAACUGGCGAAGGAUUAGCUUUAGAAAUAACAAAAAAAUUUAAAAAAGAUGAUUUAAAACUAAACAAUUGUAGAGGACAGAGUUACCAUAAUGCUGCUAACAUGUCUGGAAAGUAUGAGGGUGUAAAAACACGUAUUUCGGAAAUAAACAAUUUAGCUAUAUUGUAUGUACCAUGCAAUGCGUAUAGUUUAAAUUUAGUUGGCAAUGACGCCGCUAAAGUACGUAUACGUAUGAAACGUUUUUUGAUAAAGUUCAACAAAUUUUUAACUUUUUUUCGUCUUCAACAAGUAGAUGAACAACUUUAAUGAAAAGUAUUAAUAUUUCAUUAAAAUGUACUAGUUCCACGCGAUGGUCCGCAAAACAAGAUUCUGUAUCAGCACUUAAACGUAAUUUAAAAAAUGUAUAUAAUGUUCUUAAGGAAAUUUCAGAAAACUCAAAGUUACCUAAAGAGGUAAUUCUUGGAGCAACAAAUCUUUUGAAACGUCUUGAUUUUAAUUUUUUUUGCUUACUGGAUUUAUGGAAUGAAUUAUUGACAACAAUUAAUCGCGUUAAUUUAGCUUUACAGAAGAAAAGUUUAACGAUCGAUAGUGCAACUAAAAUGGUUAAAGGUUUAAUUUUAUUAAUACAAACAAUGCGAAAUGAAGGAAUUGAUAAGACAAUUGAAUUUGGUAAAAUUAUUGCUAAUGAUCUCGGUGUUAAAGCAAAUUUUUUUGAUAAACGAAAGAGGAAAGUGGAAAAAUUAGAUUUUGAGUUAAUUGAAGAUGAUUUGCAAGUUUUAUCUCAACAGAAUGAAUUUAAAAAAGAUAUUUUUGAAGUGUUCGAUCGAAUUCUUACAGAAUUAUACAAUCGAUUUGAAAAUAUGUCUGAAAUUAAUGAAAAUUUUGGAUUUUUGUAUGGUAGUACCCUAAUGGACCACUCUAUGGACUAUAUACAAAAAUGUGCAGCUGACUUAUCUUUAAAAUAUGAAACCAAUUUAAAUUCUUCCAAUUUUAUCUCUKAAAUAAAAUAUUUUAAAUGUCAAGCAUUUUCUAUUUUACCUAACUUAAGAGCCGCAACACCAUUAGCCUUACUUCAAUUAAUUACAACAUAUUCUUUACGUUCUGAAUAUCCAAAUGUGGAAACAGCUUUACGCAUAUUCUUGACUUUACCAAUAACUGCGGCGACGUGUGAAAGGUCAUUCAGUAAGUUAAAGCUCAUAAAAAAUUAUUUAAGGUCUACAAUGGGACAAGAACGAAUAUCCGAUAUGGCUAUUUUAUCCAUUGAACAUACAUUGGUAAAUGCUUUGGAUAUAGACGAACUCAUUGAAGACUUUGCUGGGAAAAAGUUAGAAAAAUUGCAAUUUAAAUGUUAGCUAUAAGUAAAAGCAAUAUUAUAUGCAUUAUUAUAUAUUUACUUACAUAACUUAAUAAGUGU